AUGCGGAUAAAUGCGCAGGGUGUGAAAGAUGAUGCUGCUGGUCUUGUGGCUGCGUCCAUGAUUGCUGUUGUGCCGGGUUACAUAUCUCGUUCGGUUGCUGGUUCUUAUGAUAAUGAGGGUAUUGCGAUAUUUUGCAUGCUCUUCACUUAUUAUCUGUGGAUUAAGGGUUUUGAGCACAUAACAGUAUUUCGCAAUUUGGUGAUUUUUUUUUUAACGAUUUUUUACUUCUUUGGCAUUAAAGUCCGUGAGUACAAGUGA